GUCCGUUUUCAUUAUUAUUCACCUUUUUUUCUUCUUCCAAAACCCUCUAAAACUAGUCAACUAGCAAAACAGUUUAGUCUUGUUUGAAAAUUUGAUUUUCUUUGAUUGGACUUUAAUUGCAUCAGCGACCAUAUCAACAGAUUAAUCAUCAUGAUUAAUGAGUUUCUAAACAUGAAGCGGAAGUCCAACAGUUCACACGCGUCAAACAUUAACCAAAGAACUUUGCAUUAACUCAGACAAACGCGUGUCGCAACUCCUGCAACUUCACGUAGACGCGAAUCUACAAACAACACGAGACAAUAAUGGCGACAACACGGUAUCUGCAUAUCCUCAACAGACAGCAGCAUUUCCUAAACAAGGUGCAUUCAGCAUGGCUGGCCAGAGGUUUUGCGACUAAAAGUGACGAAGGCUGGUUGAGUUCCAUGUUUGCACACAAAGUGGAUGCCAGGAAAGAUGCCCACUCCAAUCUGCUCUCCAAGAAAGAAACCAGCAACCUCUACAAGAUUCAGUUUCACAAUGUCAAACCAGAGUGCAUGGAGGCAUACAAUAAAAUGUCGGAUGAGGUACAGAAAGAACUUCAUCGUGAUGCAAGUUAUCCAUGUGAAGUUAUUGGAAGCUGGAACAACUGGUAUGGUGAACAGGAUCAAGCAGUGCAUCUCUGGAGGUAUUCUGGUGGGUAUCCUGCUCUAACAGAGUGUUUGCGCAAACUCAACCGCAAUACGGCGUAUCUUGCAUUUCGAAAAGAGAGGAGUAAAAUGUUGAUCUCCCGACGCAACCAGCUUCUUCUGGAGUUUAGUUUCUGGAAUGAGCCUGCGCCCAGAAGCGGCCCCAACAUUUAUGAACUGAGAACAUACCAACUAGUACCUGGAACAAUGAUCGAAUGGGGCAAUCACUGGGCUCGAGCAAUCAAAUAUAGACAGGAAAAUAAUGAAGCAGUGGGCGGCUUUUUCACACAGAUCGGUGAAUUGUAUGUUGUUCAUCAUUUAUGGGCCUAUAAAGACCUGCAGUCCAGAGAAGAGACCAGAAAUGCUGCUUGGUUAAAAGAGGGCUGGGAUGCCAAUGUGCACUAUACAAUGCCUCUUAUCCAAAAGAUGGAAUCGCGAAUUAUGAUUCCCAUGGAACAUUCACCUCUGCAGUAAAAUCAACAGUGUUUCGCCUGUGAUGAUACCAAAGACACUAUACACCAGGAGAUCUACUGUUUAGAUCUGACUUUACUCAAACACAUCUGAAGCAGAGGAUCAAGGUCUACUAUUGAAGUAGACAGGCAGUUGUGUUAGAGCAGAGCUGCUCCUAAAGUCUGCAAGAAGGCAAAACUGUGCCGGUGUUGAAGCCAAUCUGAGAACUACAAUGACAGACCUGUGUCGUCGUACGAGACAGUUAAAGUAUAUACAUACUUAUUUAGUCAUUAUUCUCCUUUCUAAAGCAUCACUUGGCCUGGUGGAUGCUUGAGGAAACUGCCUGUCAGCAAAGCUUUUUAUCUACAAUUAAAAAAGAAAUUUGCUAAAUUGAAUGCAUUUAUUGGAAGACUUCAUUUUAAUGUUGUAAACUUUGAUACUCCGUUAUAGGAUAAUAAAUGAACAAAUAAUUUGUUGA